GUGUCAAUGUGAGAGUCAAUAAAUCCAAUUGCGACAAGUAACGCGAUUUGGCGAGAGUGUUUAACGUUAAAAACUUAAUUUUCAUCCAGAGCUGCUUCAGUCGACAACUUGCUCUCAACUGGAUUACUAAAUUGCCUUCCUAAACAGUCUUAUUACUUUGUAAUUGCUAUCGACAAGUGACCAAAAAAGAGAGGCUUUUCAGUGAUUUUGUGAAACAAUAUUUUAUAUCAAAUUUUGUGAAAAAUGUACCGCCAGAAUUCUGUAGAUACUCCCCAGCGAAAGGAGGGUGGAUCUUAUGUUAUUGAGGAGAAUGAAUCUCGCGAGGCCAAGAACACCUGCAUUAUCUUCUCACCAAAUAACGACCGGGCAGGUAUCUUGGCCAAGACACUCAAAAUCUUUAAUGACAACGACGUAAAUCUCGUUCACAUUGAAUCACGAUCCUCCACCCGUGGUCCUGGAUAUGAGUUCUUUGUGGAGUGUGACAGUCGAUCAGGAUCCCUGGGCACUGCUAUCGAGCAGUUGCGCGAAGAGUGUACGUAUUUGAAUAUUAUUUCGCGCGACUACAAGGAUAACACUGCUGCUGUACCAUGGUUCCCACGGCGCAUUAGGGAUCUCGAUCGAUUCGCCAAUCAAAUCUUAUCUUACGGAUCUGAACUCGAUUCUGAUCAUCCUGGAUUUACUGAUCCCGUCUAUCGUGCUCGUCGCAAGUACUUUGCUGAUUUGGCUUACAACUAUCGCCAUGGUCAACCCCUACCUAGGGUGGAGUAUACCAAGGAGGAAACUGAGACGUGGAGGGUCAUUUUCAACAAUUUAACUGAACUGUAUCCAACUCAUGCUUGCAAACAGUUUAAUCACAUCUUUCCGCUUUUAAUCGACAACUGCGGUUACCGUGAAGACAACAUACCUCAGCUUGAGGAUGUCUCCAAUUUCUUGAAGGAUUGUACCGGAUUUACUCUGCGUCCAGUAGCUGGUUUGCUCUCAUCCCGGGACUUUCUAGCUGGCCUGGCUUUUCGAGUUUUCCACUCAACGCAGUACAUUCGUCAUCCCAGCAAACCAUUGUACACCCCUGAGCCUGAUGUUUGCCAUGAACUACUCGGUCAUGCUCCAUUAUUCAGUGAUCCAGAAUUUGCUCAAUUCUCUCAGGAGAUUGGAUUAGCUUCCUUAGGGGCACCUGAUGACUACAUCGAAAAGCUAGCUACGUGCUUCUGGUUUACCGUUGAGUUUGGUUUAUGUCGGCAGGGAGAUGAACUUAAGGCAUAUGGGGCAGGUUUACUUUCUUCCUACGGUGAGCUCCAGUACUGUUUGAGUGAUAAGCCUGAAAUCCGAGAAUUUGAUCCCGAAAAGACAGGCCUUCAGAAGUAUCCGAUCACUGAGUACCAACCUGUAUACUACGUCGCAGACAGCUUUGAGGAUUCCAAGGAGAAAAUGAUAAAAUACGCCAAUACCAUACCUAGGCCAUUUGGGGUCCGCUACAAUGCCUACACCCAGAGCGUCGAUAUUCUGGAUUCAAAGCCCCAGAUUGCAAAUUUGAUGAACAACAUCAAUUUGGAGUUUAGUGUCCUCCAAAAUGCGUUUAGGAAGCUGAAGGCCUGAAGGAAGCCAACCCUGAAUUUUGUGUUGUCUCUUAUUAUUAUGUAUGAUGCUUUUCUAGAGUCCAAAACUCGCUUUUGCGUCCUAUAAAUGUUACUCUGUUAUUUUAUCAAAUAUGUGCUAUCACUGUUUUAUAGCCUCUCUGACCUCUCAAUUGAUUUGUCCCCAACCCUAGUUGAGAUGGGAAAUAAAAGACAUAUUGUCACACUUAAAAUAUA